GUCGUUCCACCGUGUUCAUUUAUGUUCAUUUGGCCUAUUUUUAUGUUUAAUUGGGAAAUUUACUAAAUAUGUAGAAUUUGUGUGCGCAAAAUUAAAUACGUCGCGUCAACCAAUAUCGCGAAGUUUUUAAUGCGAAAUAUCUCAAAAGUUGGCAUAUAGAUUAGAAGAAAAAAAUCAACUUCCUGUGUGACACGAAUUCAACGAAAGUACAAAGACGUACGAGACGAUAUAAAGUGUCUGUGUGUUUUUUGGGUGGAGAUUAUCAGAAUUUUACAAAAAAAAAAAAAAUUGUUUUUAGUUUUAAAACUUAUUUAUUGUUGGUGUUCUCUCAUAAUUUGUGUUUAGUUGUUGCGAGUCAUUUAUAAGUUAAGUCGCCAAGUCUCUGAAUAAUAAAGGACGGCAAAAUUGAUUUGAAAUUGUGGAAACAUACGAAAACAAUCGACAUGAACAAAGAAAUUUACUAUGAGGGAUGGCUGAUCAAAUCGCCGCCCACGAAGCGCAUAUGGCGUGCGCGUUGGCGCCGCCGUUGGUUUACAUUGAAACAAGGCGAGAUACCGGAGCAAUUCUGCCUCGAAUACUAUGCCGAUCGAAAGUGUCGCAAAUUGAAGGGUGUAAUUGAUUUGGAUCAAUGCGAGCAGGUAGAUUGUGGCCUGCGAUUGGAGAAUCGAAAGCAGAAAUUUCAAUUUAUGUUUGAUAUUAAAACACCGAAGCGUACAUAUUAUUUGGCAGCGGACACGGAAACUGAUAUGCGUGAUUGGGUGAAUUGUAUUUGUCAGGUGUGUCACUUGCAUGACACAAAACAAUCGCAAGAUGAAAAUCGCACCCAAAACUUAGCCACCACGAUUCAUACCAAUUCUUCGAAUGACACCACAACCACCACCAUUAAUUCGUCUAGUGGAACCAAUGUUGGUGGUGGCAAUAAUACUCCUCAAAGUUUCAACCAUGAUAUUCUACGUAAACCGCCAAAUGUGGUGGUGGAACAACAGCCUUUGACAUCGGCCGCUGCGGCCAGCUGUAACCAUCUAAAUGCUACAACAUCAACAAAUGCCGCUGACGAUAGCAGUAGGGCCUAUGUGAAUACGGAAUACUCAAAUCGUGAGACAGUUCUGUGCGAUGUCCAAUUCGAGAAGCAACAAUUAGCGAAUGUAGUCAACAAGCAACCGCAACAGCGACAGUCACAGCAGAAAACGCACCACCAGCAGCAGCAGCAGCAACAUAACCGCCAACAACAGCCGCAAACGGCAUCUUCGGCAGUUUAUCUAAAUACAGAUAUGUUUCAGGAUUCAUCACGUCUUGCUGUCAGUUCGAAUGGUGUUGUACGCAAAAUUCCCGAAAAUCUGGUCAUAAACAAUACCCCAUUGACGGAUACUCAACAACACAGUGUGCAGCCUUCACCAGCUUUAAGUACAGCUUCGGGACCUUAUAUUCCCAUAAGCGAAUGCUAUUCUGGAAGUCCGAAAUUUUUGUUAGAGGCAAAUACUCAUCCAUCAACACCCUUAAAUAAUUUGGAUCCGAAAUUCUAUGACACUCCGCGUAGCCAUAAUAAUAUUGGACUGAAUUUGACCAAUGUUCAAUCAUAUUCACCGAAAAUAACAAAUUGUGGAACGCAACCUGUAAAUGUCUCCAAAAAUCGCAGUCAUAAAUCCGAUUCGGAUUCCGAAAGCGUUUUCACAGAUGAUGAUGAAUGGGCACAUCCCAUGCCCCUUAGAGAACACAUGGAUCGCAAUACCAGACCAUCCGAUAGUUCGGUAGAAAAUGAAUCUUUUGUUUUAACCUAUUCACAACGAUUUUCGAAAUUACCUGACGAUGCUAGCAAAGAGCUAAAGAAUAUUACAAAUAAUAGUGCCCAUAAUUCCAAUGAAUGUUUGGAAAAAUUAGCUAAAGUAUUGAAAAAUAAAAAUAAUUUAAUAUUGGACUUUAAGGACAAUGAAAAAUCAUCAACACGAGACAUGCCACAAUUUUCGGAUACCGAAAAUACUUCACCUGCCAUUAUAGGACCCAGAGAUGCUCGCUCUGUGGUAGAUGAGAGCUAUGACAUACCACGUUCCCACCAAUUGCCCUAUUGCAAUAUGGCAAAUAUAAUGGACAAAAUAACCAGUCCCGAUGCAAAUCCCAUUGCAGCUUCAACACCAAAUUUAAUGGCUAGCAUAGAAUCGGUGCCCAGUUCACCCGCGUCGGUGAUAUCGCAAUUGUCAUCGAAUGUGAGAACUUUGCCCAGACCGCAUUGUUAUACCAAUGCAGCCCCUAGCAAAGUGGAGGGCAAUGUUUUUCGUUACGAUUUCGUUGAGCAAACUAAUGUGCCGCCAGUCAAUCGUAAAUUAAAACCAAAAUUAAGUGUAGAGGCUGAUAAACCACCAGAAGAGGUGGCAGCAAAGCCACCCCAGUUAACGUCCCAGGUCGAUCAUUUGGCAAAUCGUUUGCAAACAACACAAAUACAAUCACCAGCGGGACUGGUGGGUGGUGGUGUUGCGGUUGCCGCUAGUGGUAAUGUGGUUGCUGGCGCUAAAUCGCACACUGAAAACUAUGGUGUAUUUGUGGGCGGAGGAUUUAUUGGAACACCUGGAGCGCCAGAUAAUAACUUGCCGCAGAAACCACCCUCCGUAGAUCGCAAAAAUAAACCAAAUGCUUAUAAGAUUGGCAACUCUAAUACCCUGGGCAACAAUACACGCCGUACCACAGGUGCUCCACUUUCAAUGGUGCUACCCAAUGAACAAGAACUGCCUCCAUCCUAUGCUAUGGAAACGAGGACCUUACCACGACAACCUAAACCUAAUUAUGCUUUAAAUCAAACCAACGCCACUUCUUUUUCCAUGUCUUCGUCUUCUCAAUGCAAUACACCAACUAUGUUUGUUAUGCAUCAGCGCACUGCAUCAGCAAAUGCUGCUAUGCACCAUUUGACAGCAGCAGCUGCAGCAGCCACCGCAAAGCAACAAGCAGCAAAACAACCAAUGACUAAAAAUGAACACAGAUUGCAAUAUUUCGAGUUAGAUGUGGCCAAUGCUCCGCCCAUAAGUCGCCAAAGUGUGAAUAUGAGCACUUCGAGCAAUUCAAUUAAUGCAAGCACUUUGAACAAUUCAAAUAUAAAUCGUUUGGCUUUAGCCGCCGAUCCAGCCAGGGCUCCAGUGCAAAGUAAAGUCGUUUAUAAAUCGGUAGAUUUUAUUAAAACGGAGGCCUUUAAGCGCAUACGCGAAGAAAGAGAAAUAGAGAAUGAAAGUCAUAUUAAAAAAUAAAUAAAAAAAAAAAUAGCAAUUAACAUACAUAAUACAUAUAAACUCGUAAAAAUACACACAUACAUACGUACAUAUUGUAGGAAUGAA